AUGCUGCAAAGAAUUAAAAGACGUCAAGAAGAAGAAGAUGAAGACGAUAUGGAUUUCGUGCAGGAUCAGCAACCUGAAAACGAUAUUGAGAUGGAUAUCGAUGAUGAAGAAUUAAAAGAUAUGAUUGAUGAAGUAUCCCUUGAGUUGGAUAGAUUAAGCCAACCCAUUGAAGUAGAAAUAAUGUUCAGCGUUGAAGAUGAAGACGAUGACAAUGAGAGUGAAUAUGAUGCGGAAGAAAUAGAAGAACUGCAAGAAGCAGAAGACGAACCGCAAGUAUAUCCUGACAAGGAAGAUGAUGUUCGUGCAGGAGUGAGAUUUGAAGAAGUCCCCGUACCAAGAUAUGGACAAACGUACUUACAACGAAAGAAGCCCAAGAUUAAUUUGUUAAAGAACAGGAGUGCCAUGAGAAAGAAGGCACGGUUGAAGAGAUUGCGUAUCUCAUCAUACCAGGCUAUCGCGUCAAAGGUAAAAUCACGAAAGAAAGGAGAGUUUCGAGAUGACAACGUGUUGAGCGCUGAAACAAGAAGAAAGAUAACCGAACGGGCGCAUAACUUAAUGUUCCAGCAGAGUGGAACUGAGAAGAAAGCGACUUACAAUGUGGAUGAGUCGUUGGUUAUUUCACGUGUCAUGCAACAGAUUCGUGACGAAGUGUACACAAGGGAUGGAGUGUCAUUUAUUCAGCAGUAUUAUCUUAACAAAGGAUUGAAAAUUUUCAAAGAACGAGGAAAAGAAGCUGCGCUCAAGGAACUUGAUCAACUGAUCAAACGAAGUUGUUGGACACCCAUCAGUAUUGGUGAAUUGACUGAGUCCGAGAAGAGGAAAGCAGUCGAUGCAAUGAUGUUACUGGCAGAGAAAAACAGUGGUGAUAUCAAAGGUCGUUUUGUAUAUAAAGGAAAUGAGACAAGAGACUGGCUGUCUUGA